AUGCAAUCACCAACAGAGAUUGAUAGAAUUAAGGAAGUAUAUGAUUCAUAUGAUUAUCAGGAUUUGGGUUAUAUAGAGGCUUCUGAUGCUCGAGAUGCGUUCAUAGAGCUCGGAUAUGAAAUUACGCUAGACGAGAUGCUAAAGUUGAUCGAUGAAGAAAGUACAAAUCAUGGGCUGACCCGUCAGUCGAGCCAAGAUAGCCUCAAUUCAGCAAGAAAUUCCGAAGGUUUCAACCCUGAUAAAAUUGAAUGGUAUUUGUUUAUGGAGUUGUUACAAAAGUAUAGCGCAUUAAAAGAUGAUGAAGCCAAUGAAGAAGAUCUGUUAGAUGCUUUUUCAGCUCUCGGAGGAAAUUAUAACAAGAGUGGAACAGUUUCUUUGAGCGACGUAAAAUCAUUUUGCGAAAAAUUUGAUCUUUGCUUUGAUGUGAUGCAGGUCGCAAAAGAAAAGAACAUUUCUAUUGAUGGGCAUAAAUUGGACUAUGCUCAGUUCAAAGCAGUACUAUCUUUUCCCAAGAAUUAA